UGGAGAUGGAAAGCUCCUGGCUGCUCCCCUGCUACCUCAUCACUCUCAUCUGCCUGCAGCUGCCUGUGCACAUGUCAGGGGACAGCAAGUUCCACCUUGUCCCUUUAGGAGGCACAGCCGAGCUCCUCUGCCCUGUCUCUCUCUGGCCCACGGUGGUGCUCACCGAGGUGAGAUGGUUACGGUCUCCACCACCUCCCGGGUCCUCGUUGGCUGUUCACUUGUUUCGGAAUGGGAAGGACCAAGCAGACGAUCAGAUGCCAGAAUAUAAGGGUAGGACAACACUGGUCAGAGACCCGAAAGAAGGAAGUGUCACUCUAAAGAUCCGUCACGUCCGGCUGGAGGACCGAGGGCUGUACCUAUGUCAGGUCCAGAUCGAAAACCUGAAUCGAGAGGAUACUGUGACCCUGCAGGUGGCUGCUCCAUCUGCAAAGAGACUCUCCUCCUCUGAAGUGGCACUGUCUGUGAUCAUACCUGUCCUGAGUCUCAUCUUCAUGGUAGGCAUUGGCUUCAUCUGGAAGCAGAGAAGAUCAAAAGAGAAACUUCUCUAUGAACAUGUGAUGGAGGUAGAAAAUCUUCUCUCAGACCACUCGAAAGAAAAAGGAAGGCUCCACAGAGGCCUCAAGAAGCUCCGGAACGAACUGAAGUUAAAAAGAAGUGCAGCAAACUCAGGCUGGAGAAGGGCCCGGCUACAUUUUGUGGCUGUGACCUUGGACCCGGACACGGCACACCCCAAGCUCAUCCUCUCUGAGGACCGGAGAUCUGUGAAGCUUGGAGACCGAAGGCAGCCUGUUCCAGACAACCCCCAGAGAUUUGACUUUGUCGUCAGUGUCCUGGGCUCUGAAUACUUCACAGCUGGAUGUCAUUACUGGGAGGUGCAUGUGGGGGACAAGACCAAGUGGAUCCUGGGAGUGUGCAGCGAGUCAGUGAGCCGGAAGGGGAAGGUCACCGCCUCACCUGCCAACGGGCACUGGCUACUGCGGCAGAAUCGGGGGACUGAGUACGAAGCUCUCACAUCUCCUCAGACCUUCUUCCGCCUGAAGGAGUCCCCUUGCUGUGUGGGGGUCUUCCUGGACUACGAAGCAGGGGUCAUCUCCUUCUACAAUGUGACUGACAAGUCCCACAUCUUUACUUUCACCCACACUUUCUCUGGCCCCCUGCGCCCUUUCUUUGAACCCUGCCUUCAUGAUGAAGGGAAAAAUACAGCCCCACUCAUCAUUUGUUCAGAACUGCAGGAAUCAGAAAAAUCACCCAAAGCCAAAGGCCAUGCUAAUGGAGAUGUGAAAGUUGACCCUUCCUUACUGCCCCCUCAGGCUCCAGCCACUUUCUUACUCACAGAUACCAGCCUCCUCUGGGCCUCUGAGCUGGGCCCAGCUCUACAGGGCCUCAAGGCUCCUUCUUUCUAGGUGCUUCUUUGUUCCCACUCCCCUGAUCCUCUGCCUGGUGCUCUGAAGCUCAGUCUCCUGGCCCUAAAUGUCCUUCCAGAACAUGUGACUUCCUUCCUCCAAAUUUAUACCCUCUGUGUUUUUUUUUUUUUUAUUGGGUCAGGU